AUGGAUACUGGCAGGCAAGAUAUGCAUCUUUUGAAUUCUUUGAAUAAAUUCAUUAACCUCACAGCCUCUUCGGGUUCUAUUGGUCACGGACCUGACCAUGGGUUGUCUGUGUCACAAUUGAAAGUGGUGACGAAUUUCCUCCGAUUGAAUUUAUUAUCGCUAUUACGUAAACUGGAACCACUUAUUGAAGUAUCCUCAGAAGAAGAACUACGUAACAGGCCUAAACAAGAUGUACUGACUCAGUGGUGGUUAACUUUACUCAAUUUCUUAAACUCAGAUCUUAUAUCAGAAACCACUAAUACGCCUCUUACAAUAGAUGCAAUCUCAGUUUCACUCGAAUGUAUCAGCAGAAUUAUUACACUUACUGCACUAACCACUACCUCCACUGACAAAGACCGUGAAAUUUAUUCGUACCACUUACUUUUAACUGUACGAUGGGUGACCAACAGGUUGGUUUUAAACUCUAGAAAAAGGGCGGACCUUUUAGAGGUAAGAAAUACAGCUGCUCAAAUGGCAAACACCAAUACUGAGUCUACCAUUCUACAGUUUCUAAAACGUUAUACUGCACUAUUAACACCGUUAAUAGGUAAAAUCAUUGCAUUUGCAUUAUGCUAUUUGAAUGAUGAACUACACUAUGACUUCGAAGUUGUGAAGUUCAUUUCCAGAGGAAGAUUUGACAUAAAAAAUAUAGAAGGAGUGAGUUUACUACCUUGCAGAAGUAAGCAAUUUGCUAUUCUUGAUGAAGGUGUACCUCAAUCUAAGUAUACACAGGACAUCAUAGAAGAGUUUGGUAAUACUGAAUAUGGUGAUGUUAUGACACAAGAAACAAAAAAAGCUUUCCCCAUCAUGAUCUCAUACCUACAGAAUCCUCAGGUUCUUACCACCUUCUUGUUUCAUUAUUGGUACAUUAUACUUAAUAUACAUCAUGAGUCAGGGCUAAAAAAAUUGGAACCAGAGAAUUUCCCCGGUUGUCCUAUAAUUUCUCAUAUUUGCUCAAAUUCUUUGAAGGCAGACUUAGAAAGGCUUUCAAGGUUCAUCAAGAUCCAAGACAAACAAGACAAGCAUGAGGCUGCACUUCUGAAAAAUGCAACAACUUCGAAUCCCAACCAAAUUAAUGUUGGUCGAGAGAAGAUCAUCAAUUUUAUCUUCACCAAGUUUCAAGUUGUCAGAAUCAUAGAAUGCAUCAGAUCCUUAAUAGGGUUCUUUCAUAACACUUCUAUGGAUAAAAGUUUAUUAAUAAGCUUCUUUUCAUACCAAGAAAAGCAGUUUUUAAACGCGUCUUCCGUUAUAUCAGCUUAUGAUUCAUGGAUGGCUAAUAUUAUAUUCAAUAUAAUAUUUCAGUUUUAUACAUUCCAUUUUGACACACUCCCCAAAUUUAUCGAAGUUAUGUCAUGGAAUGAUUGGACUGAUGGUAUUUUUGGAACCUUGAAAACUUUCAAUGUUGAUUCUCAAUUAGUCGGUUUGUUGUGUCUCUUCAAUGUGUGGAGUGUCAUCCCUGUCACUCAUCGUAAACGGGUGGUUACUACUAUUAUCGACGAGUUAUGGAAUCUACUGUCUGUUGAUACUGACUUCCACAUCAUAAGCAUUCUUUUUCAUAAAUUACUCGUGUUCAAAAUACUCCCGGAUAAAGAUCUUUCAACGGAUCAGAUUCAUGCCAUCAAACAUAAAUUCUAUGCCAUAAAUAAAGAGGUUUGGCAAAUUAUUAACGUUUUGAACUGUGACUACACUGAAUUAGUUGAUGAGAAAACGGUAUUAUUUUUCCAUACCAAUAAUAGGUUAAUACUAGAGCGUCAAGAACCAUUGUAUGAAGAAGACCUCCUACUCGUAAGCCAGUGUAUGCAUGCAGAAGCAAAUAACAAAAAUGUCAACAACACCGCAUUGUUCAAUAAUAUGUCACGGAUGACCAAUAUCCGGCCGGGUGUUGUUAUUCAUAGAGGGAAAUAUCCCUUUGACGUGUCUGAUGAGCUAGUAAGCAGAGCAGCUAUAAUGAUCGCUCAAAAAAACAAAAAUAAAAGAGAGAAUGGAUCAAUAAGAAACGAUAGCUCUUCCAGCACAUCAAGUCUCCACAGCAAUGACACUGCAGAAAGUGAAAACUUGAAGCAGGAAAGUGGACCCAAAUUUGGCUUUGGGGCUCUGUUGUCUAGUUUUUCGAAAAGUAAACCAGAACUACCUCCAAAGCCAUCAUCGGCAAGCAAAAGGAGGGAUAGUGUAGCUUCAGGUAGCACAACAGAUACCUUUGAUACUCAAGAGAUGAUAUCUAUGUAUAGCACCGUAUCAUCUGUUGCAUCGACCUCAUCAAGAUCAGAAUCUUCGGAGGACCUUUUGUACAAACUGUCACAGCAAUCCCGAUCUCAUAUCAUAAACAAUUCAGACACCGAAACUACUAAGAAACGGAAGCUUAUGGCCCCACCUGAGUCAAAAUUUAGCAAAGAUAUCGUACAGAAGCAACCCAUCAGAUAUGUGUUCAAAACUGUAACGGUGAACUCUCAGGCCAUACAAAGGAAGAACUUACUGGAUAAAAUCCAAGAUUUCAAUAAGAAGUGGGGAGUUAAAAGCACCAAACCCUAUGAUAAACCUUUACCGAAUCCAUUCGGCAUCGCAAAUGACACACUGCUAGAUGGAUUUGAUUUUGACUCUCUAGCACCUACCAUUGAGGAACUUCAGCAGUUGAAUCUUGUUGAGGACUCUGUGACCAAGGUUUACGACAACGAAAUCUCGAAGGAGAAAGAAAAUACGAUCCCACAAAUAGAACUCAAUCAGCUUUUCGAAGGUGACACAUUCACGGGAUCGUCUGAUAUCAUGGAUGAAAAAAUAAUCAACCAGCAAGACUAUAACCCUGUUACGGCUGUUGAAAGGAUGAAAUUGAUCACUAGACUGACCAAGUUGAUAAAAGUAAUAUACACUUUCAAUCUUACUAUGAAGGAAUUUGUCGAGUUUGAGAAGGUUAACGGAAACAACCUUAUUUACAUGGAGUUAGACCCUGGUUUUUACCAAAACCAUUCUUUGAACAAGGGCCUACUAGCAAUAUCAAAUUAUAAGUAG